AUGGAUAUCCUCACUAGGGAAGCUUUAAUCAUAGGCACAACUUUUGUGCUCCGUUAUUUUAUCAUUAGGAAGCUUGCUUCCUCAAAGGCUUCUUCUAAUCUUCCUCCAGGGAGCUUUGGGUGGCCUCUGGUGGGAGAAAUGCCUCAGCUUCUGCUCUCUGCGAAGAUCAACAGUCUUCAAGACUUUUUUGAGUGGGGAGUGAAGCGAUAUGGAGGAGAUAUCUUCAAGACUUUCAUUUUUGGACACCGGACGGCCAUCUUUUAUAGUGCUGAGGGCAAUCGGUUUCUCUUCAACAACAGAAACAAGCUUUUCCAGUCCUAUUGGCCCGAUUCGGUGAAAUUGUUAUUUGGAAACUCUAUAUUUAGCAAAGUUGGGGAAGAGGCCAACGGCGUGAGGAAGAUGCUCAUGACAUUCCUGAAGCCACAGGCUCUGCAAAAAUUCAUGGGCAGAGUGGACGCCAUAGUUAACAACCACAUAAACAGUAAGUGGUUUGAAAAGCAGCAAAUCGAGGCCUUUCCUCUCAUCAGGCACUGUAUGUUCGUCGUGGCUUGCAAUCUCUUUCUAAGCUUGGAUAAUGACAAUGAUAUCACGGAAUUGUAUAGUUAUUUCACAGAUUUGGUGAAGGGAAUGACGCAGAUUCCUCUAGAUCUGCCGGGAAUGCCAUAUCACAAAGCCAUGAGUGCUGGACGUCAUCUUCGCCGAAUACUCCAAAAGCUCAUCCAACGGAAGAGAAAUGAUCUGGCCAGCGGAUCCGCUUCGGGAGAACAGGAUCUCUUAUCUUUCCUUCUCUGCAACGUAGAUGAGCAGGGGAAUACACUUACGGACGAGGAAAUUAAGGAUAACAUUAUGCUACUCUUAGUCCAAGACACAAGCGUCGUCACCCUAGCAUUUUUGCUCAGAAAUCUGGAUCUUAAUCCUCAUUGCUACACUCAAGUCCACAAAGAACAAAUGGAGAUUUCUAGGGCGAUCGAAGGGCGGGAGCUGAAGUGGGAUGACAUUCAAAAAAUGAAAUACUCAUGGAGAGCAACCCAGGAGACUUUGAGACUUGAUCCUCCCGCUCUCGGCUCAUGGAGGAAGUGCGUUGCAGAUAUCUCCUACGGUGGAUACACCAUUCCUAAGGGAUGGAAGGUUUGCUGGAUAACAUUUUCAACCCACAAGAAUCCAAAACAUUUCCCUGAUCCACAGAAGUUUGAUCCAUCGAGGUUCGAGGGCAGUGGACCACCUCCUUAUAUUUUUGUGCCAUUUGGAGGCGGACCACGCAUGUGCCCUGGGAAUGAAUAUGCUCGAAUGGUCAUACUUGUGUUUCUGCAUAACAUAGCGAAACGUUUUGAAUGGAGUUUGGUGGAUGCAAAUGAGAUAAUUGUUGCUGAUCCUACGCCUCGACCAACCCGUGGAUUGCCUCUAAACCUCCGUCCCCAUUCUAACCAAUAA